UCUCAGACCUGAAGAACAUCUCACAACUUCAGACGUCCAGCUCCCAAAUGGACAUUUGAAAGGCGGUAGAAAAACAACAAAAAGGAAUACAGCCACCUGGUGUUCCAGUUUGGUCCAUAAAGACCAGAACUCUUGCAUGUGGUUAAAAAAAGCUGCAGGUGGGAGACAAACACCACAAGACAAAGAAAAGUCCCUGGAGAGCUCAGAUGGAAAACCUGUCGGUGUACCAUGGACCCAUCGGUAAGAAGGAAGGGGAGAGGCGUUUGGCUCUGGAUGGACGCGAUGGAUGCUACCUGGUCCGAAACAGCGACUCUGUGCCUGACGUCUACUGCCUGUGUCUGCUGUGUAAAGGAAGGGUCUUCACAUAUCGACUCCACAAGCAUGGUGGAAACGCCUGGGCUGCAGAGACCAGUCCCGGUGUGCAGAAGCGAUAUUUCCGUUAUAUCAAGAACUUGAUAGCGGCUUUCGAGGAGCCCGCCCAAGGAAUUGUCAUGCCUCUGCUGCACCCUGUCACUGCCCAGGGACGGGCGCAGACACCCACGGUGGAGCACAAUCCCAGUAAUAGCCUGUCACCGCCGCCCGGGUGCUCUGCCCAGGGACAGAAGAAGCGGAAGAAAGAUGUGCUGCAAGCUAUUACACACGGACCUUUAACUCACCAUUGAUCUAAUUAGACCUUCCCACUCCACUGUAGCCGCGACAUGAACAGUAUCACAUGUUGGAGCAUAAAAUCAUCUCAGGCCAAAUUUUCACGUCCACUUAUAAGUUCUUCAAGUGCAAGUUUUCCCUUGUUAAAUGUGUAUCUAUUUUUCUAGGAAUGACACACACACACACACACACACACACACACA